AUUAUGUAUUUUUCAAUGGCGGAACGAUAACGGAUAUUUGUGGCUAGUUGAUGUGCGACGAUAUAUGGUGUAAUAUAAAUUCAAUAUUUAUUACAAAUAAAGAUGUUAUAAAUGUUUGGUUGGAUACAGAUGAGAAAGAAUAAAAUCUCUAACAAAUCUAUGGAUGUAAGAAAUUGAGAUAUAAUACCAAAAAUAUAAUAUAUAUUUGUAUUGUAAUUAAUUUUUUUAUAUAAAAUAUCGAAAUAAGUAAGGCAGAAUUCUCCAGAUAAAUUUGUGAACUCUAAAUUCAGAGUGCGUUUUACAUCGUUAUCUCUAUAAAUACGCACAUAUUUGUUGGAUAAAAGAAUUACACAUCAACUACAUUAAUAUGCCGAAAAUACCACAAAUGCCGAAAAUUCGAAAGGUCAAAAGGGUUAGUGUGCUUACUAAAAGGUCACAGUGCUUAGGAAAACAUUACAAGGAACGAUCAUAUAGACCAUUAUAUGAAAAAUUAAAGAGCAACAAUAGCUUCUUGGCGAAGGCUCUUUCAAAGGAAAAACAAAACAGUCAAUCUUUAUUUACGCAGAAUGUUCAGCUAAUUGCAGAGAAUCAACAGUUAAACCUAGUAUGCAACACACAAAAUACUGUGAUUGCUAAUGUAGUGAAUAACUCGAAAGAAAUAUUGAAGAUGUUGAUUACUUUGACUGGUUACAUAACAAGUACUUUAUCUAUGUGUCAAGAACUCACUGCUUCCACUACCACUAGGAGAAUAUCAUCUAUUCCAGAUGAAAGAAAAGAACCAUCUAAUAGAUUGUCAACAAAAUCACCUACUAAAGGUGUAGUAAAACCCAUGGUGGGUGGACACACUAUUACUAAACCCACAAUUAAUUUAAGUCGAGUUAAUAUGGAAACUAUAUCAAGAUUAAGUGAUAUACAAGAAGUAACCACUCCUAAUAGUUCAGAGAUAAGUGAAAAUCGAUCAUCAAUUACUGUUUCUUUACCAUCUACGCCACUUAGAUAUGAAAAUAAUCGAAAUUCAUGUAGAAUGCCAGAAAGACUAACGAUCUCUUCACCUAGAAUUAAUGAUACAUCACUUACAUCUGCUGAUGAAGAAAGAUUAAGAAGAAGAAGAAGAAAUCAUUCCAAGCGAAUAUCAGGAUCUUAUUCGCGAUCGCGAAGCAGAUGGUCUGAUGAAGCUCCAACAACCAGCACAAAUUAUAUUAAUGUAGCUAGUCCUACAAUACAACUUAAAGAUAUAUCCAAUUUACUACGUAAUUCUCAAACUAUUAAUAUUAGAAGAAUAAUUGAGAACAGAAUUGAUGACAUUGAAAAUCAGGAGAAUAAUGAUAAUGCGCCUGGUCCAUCAGAAAGAAAUGUCAUAAUAUCAGAGACCCAUAUGUCUAAUUCAAACGAAGAAAAUAAAACACACGCACAAACAUCAAAAAAGGAUUCCAAUAUACAAAUAAGCAGCAAGGAUAAAGGUCUUAACAAAAAUCCAAAUGUAAUGGAAAAUUCAAGAUUGUCGCAGACUAAUACUAGGAAUUGGGAAGAAGAAGAUCCGUUAGAAGGUCCAAGCUGGCUAUUUAAUAAUACCAUACCAUCGCGGGAUACUGAACCAGAAGAGCUUAAUCAUUCACAUGAUCUUUCUGAUGUCAAUAAUAACACAUCUCAAUUAAUAUAUGAUGAUGAUGAAUCGAGUAGUGCAGAAAGUAAUACAGAAGAGUUAUCAUUGCAACAAAAUUUAAAUGAACCUGUGAGUGAUGUUCAAAUUUUAGAUACAGAUUCAACACCUGUCACUGAUCACUGUGAAUCUUAUUCGCAUGAGAAUAAUGAAAAUGAUGAUAAUUUUUGCCAACUUUUAUCAGCAAAUGUAGUCAGUCGUAAAGAAAAUUUAUAUAAUAUAGAGGAUAGUGAUUCUGGAGAGGAUACAAUAAAUUUUGCACGUUUUGUGACACUAAGACGAGGAGAACACCCCGAAGAGACAGAAGAUUUUACACUAAUGUUAUCGCGUCAACCAAUGCGAAACAUGCAAUUUAAUAUUAAUGAGCUGAGAUUGCCUAAUUUGGAAGAAACCACGAUGAAUAUUAACGGGAUUGACACCGAUGCUACUGCAAGAUCAAGCAUUGCGAAUAAUUCGAUAUUAUCUGCGUCAAAUCAAACUCUCAAUGAAUCGGAACGCGAUGAGACUGCCAUGAGAAACCUACCAUUAAGUUCAGUUGAGGAUAAUGAGACAGAGUCGACAUCACAGAAAAAGAAUUUAAAUAGAAAGGCAAAGAAAGAUGUAAAUAAAAUAGCGAAAACGUUGAACUCGGAAAAUGAGAUAAAUCAUAUAAAAAAUAAUUCGAAAAUUGAGAACAAGACAAAACGAAAAGAUAAAUCGCGAAAUAAUAAAGAUCCAAGCAAGGCGAAAGUUGUUUUGGAGAAGCUUAAUGAAUAUCAUGUUAAAUCGAGAACGCCAUUAGCUGAUGAUAUAGAAUCUCGAAACUCUCAUGAUCACAUGAAAGAAACUAUGUCCAAUUCAGAACUAGACGAAACUGGGGAUUCGGAAAGUAAUAUGAACACUAACUAUGCUUCAGGUCGCCUUAGACGAAGAAAGGCGCCGGUAAAUUUGAAAGAGCCUACUUUGCAAAAGAAACUAAGACGAAAUUAACGAGAAGGCUGAUAAAUAACAAAUAUAAAACAAGAUAAAUUAUUAUUCGUAUUAUCAAUAUGAUGAUUGAUGUAAAUCAAGACAAAAUUAUUAUUUGCAUUAUCUUAUUGAUGAAA